AUGACUGAAACACAUGUGGACCCUCAAGUUGCAUACGAAUUGAUCACCAAGAACUUACAAGAAGUUUUAAAUGCCCCAAUUAUUAAGAACAUUUUAGAGGUUGAGAAGAGACCAAUCAAGUUAUACUGGGGUACUGCUCCAACUGGUAAGCCACAUUGUGGUUACUUUGUUCCAAUGACUAAGCUAGCUCAUUUCUUGAAGGCUGGUUGUGAAGUCACAGUUUUAGUUGCUGAUCUACAUGCUUAUUUAGAUAACAUGAAGGCUACUUUGGAUACUGUCACUUACAGAGCUAAAUACUACGAAUGUACUGUUAAGGCAAUUUUAAAAUCUAUCAAUGUUCCGAUUGAGAAAUUAAAAUUUGUUGUUGGUUCUUCUUACCAAACCUCUAGUGAAUAUACUAUGGAUUUGUUUAAAUUAUCCAAUGUUGUCUCACAAAAUGAUGCUAAGAGAGCUGGUGCCGACGUUGUUAAACAAGUUGCUAAUCCUUUAUUGAGUGGUUUGAUCUAUCCAUUGAUGCAAGCUUUGGAUGAACAAUAUUUAGAUGUUGAUGUCCAAUUUGGUGGUGUUGAUCAAAGAAAAAUCUUCGUCUUAGCUGAAGAAUUUUUACCCAACAUUGGUUACAAAAAGAGGGCACAUUUAAUGAAUCCAAUGGUUCCAGGUUUAGGUCAAGGUGGUAAAAUGAGUGCUUCGGAUCCAAAUUCAAAAAUUGAUUUAUUGGAAGAAUCAAAAAUUGUCAAGAAGAAGAUUAACAGUGCAUUCUGUUCUCCUGGUAACGUUGAAGAGAAUGGUUUGUUAUCCUUUGUUGAGUUUGUUUUACAGCCAAUUCAAGAAUUAAAAGCUGAUACAGUUGGUCAUUUUGAAUUCUUUAUUGAUAGACCGGAAAAAUUUGGUGGUCCAAUAAAUUACACAUCUUUUGAACAAUUAAAGGAAGAUUUCAGAACUGAAAAAUUAUCUCCACCUGAUCUAAAGAUUGGUGUUGCUGAUGCCAUUAAUGGUUUAUUAGAACCAAUUAGAAAAGAAUAUGAACAAAACAAAGAAUAUCAAGAAGCUGAACUUAAGGGUUAUCCAACUCCUGUAGUAGAAAAGACCAAGAAAGCUAAGAAACCAAAGAACAAGGGUUCCAAAUACCCUGGUGCUGCUAAGGCUGAUGAGACAAAAGACGUUCAAAAAACUGCUGAACAACUAGAAAAAGCUGCUUUAUAA